AUGGAACCGGAAACAGAACUCCUCGUCUUCGCGAUUGAUAAGAUGGACCAAAUUCUUGCCGACAUAGUUGUUCAGUUUGGAGAACAAAUGAACGAAAGCCAGCCGGGGACGGCCACUUCGGCCAACCGGGCUGCAGGUCCAUCUGGAGAGGGAGCGAAGCCAGCGGCGUCGAAAUUCAAGCCGCGGAUGGUGAAGCGGGUAGCCAAGGUAGAGCCGGAUGCAGAAGAGGAAGAUUCGGGCAGGACGGCGGGUGGGGCUGGUGGACGAGGGAGGGGACGAGGGAGAGGGGGUGGCGAUCGGGGCGGUCGCGGACGGGCGGAGAUCGUGAUGACGGCGAGUGGGGCGUUCGCGAUGGGUCCUGCGGAGGCGAGUACCCGGCGGACGGUGCAAGGGCCGAGUCGGAGUGGGAUGCGGCGGAUCGACAACUCGAUCAUGCCGACGGAUGAGCGCAGUAGGACGGCUACCAGCGGGACCACGACGCCCUGGGAGGGCCGGCCGGGCGAGGCCCUCGAGCUUUACUCGGACAUCGACGAGGGCGGCUCCGAUGGCCCUGACGACAACUUCGCCGACGACGACGGUCGCUCCAAGGUCGCCGACCUUAACGACAUCACUCUCGAACACUCCAUGGCCCCGCUCAGCUUGCCUUGGGACCCCAAACGGGUCGCCGAACGCGAAAGACUCGUCCAGGCCCGCAACGAGAAACUGCUCAAGCUGGCUCAAACCAAACUCAAGAAAGAAAACACCGAUCUCCCCAAUGAUUCUAAACCCUCCUCCCUCCCCAUCCGCGAAUCUACCACGACCACCACUGUUUCUGACUCUAGUGUCCCCCUGAAAGAUGAGCAUCUAAACGAUCAAGAUGAAAAUCAGAAACGGGACGUCAAAUUAAAGAAAGAACAACUCGAAGAAAUCUCGAACGUUGGCAAACAAUUCACUCAGAGGCAACCGGCCAUCAAGAAAGCCCCGAAUCCAGAGCCCACAUCGACGAGUCGAGCAGAGGCGGCGAGCAGCAACGGGGAAGCGGCAGCGACAUACUACGUCUUCCAAUUCCCGCGCCACUUCCCGCAAUUCCGGGACCCUAGCAACGACGUGAUCGGAGAGGAACCGCCGGCAGAGCCGCAGAAGGCAGCCGCGCCGGGCCCGAGGAUGGUCAAGAAAAAGAAGAAGCCCGGGCUCGACGAUUGGCUGGGCUGGGGAAAAGGCGGGAAAAGGACUGAGAUCAUGGGCGUGCCGCCGUCGGAAACCGGCGAUGAUUCUGUGCAGGGCCAGAUCGGUGAAUUGGUUAUUCGGAGAUCAGGUCGGGUCCAGAUGAUCAUUGCCAAUGUCGCCUACGAUGUUCUUCCAGGUGCUAAGCCUACUUUCCAUCAAGAGAUCGCAGUCAUCGAUCCGAAGCCAGACUCUCAAUUACGCGCUAUGUUCGUCCUGGGAUCGACUCAGGACAAAUUCAUCGUCGUUCCUGAUGUUUCUACGCUUCUGAAACGCGAACAAGCCCUUGCUCCUACCUCUUAA